UUCGCCAUUUUCUUUGUCGCUUUGUCGCGCUGUGGGGUAUUCGGAAUUCUGUGAUCAAAAAGUUGUUAAUAAGCAUUGAAAAUGGAGAUGUCACUUAAUCCCGUGCGCGUACUCAAGAAUGAGGCGCAGGAGGAGAAAGCGGAAAUGGCGCGUCUAUCGUCGUUUAUCGGUGCUAUUGCCAUCGGUGAUCUGGUGAAGAGCACACUGGGACCCAAGGGCAUGGACAAAAUCCUGGUGGCUGCCGGCCGUAAUGCGGGCCGUGUGGAGGUCACCAACGAUGGUGCGACCAUAUUGCGUGCCGUUGGCGUCGAUAAUCCAGCUGCCAAGAUUCUGGUCGAUAUGUCGCGUGUACAGGAUGAGGAGGUCGGCGACGGCACCACAUCCGUUACCGUCCUGGCCGCCGAAUUGUUGCGCGAGGCGGAGAAACUUGUCGAACAGAAGCUGCAUCCACAGAUCAUUGUGUCCGGCUGGCGUGUGGCCACCCAAGUGGCUCUCGAGGCAUUGACCGCUGCUGCUCAGGAUAAUUCCACUAAUAAUGAGAAAUUCAAGAAUGAUUUACUCAACAUUGCACGCACCACAUUGUCAUCCAAGAUCCUGCAUCAGCACAAGGAUUUCUUUGCCAAUCUGGCUGUGGAUGCUGUGCUGCGUCUCAAGGGAUCUGGCGAACUGAAGGCUAUACAAAUCAUCAAAAAGUCCGGUGGCACACUGAACGAGUCUUUCCUCGAUGAAGGCUUUCUGCUGGACAAGAAGCCCGGCGUGCAUCAGCCACAGCGUAUUGAAAAUGCAAAGAUUCUCAUUGCCAACACUCCAAUGGACACGGACAAAAUUAAAGUAUUUGGCAGCAGCAUCAAGGUUGAUUCUUUGGCCAAGAUCGCCGAUCUGGAGAUGGCUGAGAAGGAGAAGAUGAAAGAGAAAGUGGACAAGAUAUUGUCACACAAAUGCAAUGUGUUCAUCAAUCGCCAGCUUAUCUACAAUUAUCCAGAGCAGCUAUUCGCUGAUGCCCAGAUCAUGUCCAUUGAGCAUGCUGAUUUCGAUGGCAUUGAGCGUUUGGCCAUCUGCACUGGUGCCGAGAUUGUGUCCACCUUUGAGAAUCCCGCUUUGGUCAAGCUUGGCGAGUGCAAGCUCAUUGAGCAGGUGAUGAUCGGCGAGGACACAUUGUUGCGUUUCAGCGGUGUCAAGCUGGGCGAAGCCUGUUCCAUUGUCAUUCGUGGCGCCACACAACAGAUCCUGGAUGAGGCUGAUCGUUCCCUGCAUGACGCCCUCUGCGUCCUGGCUGCCACCGUCAAGGAGUCACGCAUUGUCUACGGCGGCGGCUGCUCCGAGGCACUGAUGGCCAACGCCGUGCUAAAGAAGGCGGCCGAAACCCCCGGCAAGGAAGCCAUUGCUAUUGAGGCCUUUGCACGUGCACUGUUGUCACUGCCCACGGCAAUCGCUGACAAUGCCGGCUUCGAUUCGGCUCAACUGAUCUCGGAGCUGCGCGCUGGUCAUGCUCAGGGCAAUCAUAAUCUGGGACUGGACAUGAACAAUGCCAAGGUGGCCGAUGUCCGUGAGCUGGGCAUCACCGAGUCAUUUGCCGUUAAGAGCCAGGUUCUGUUGUCUGCAUCCGAGGCAGCCGAAAUGAUUCUUCGCGUUGAUGAUAUCAUCAAGUGUGCGCCGCGUCGUCGUGUUCCCGAUAGGGGCUACUGUUAAACAUUGAUUCUUUCUUCUUAAGUAUUUUUGUCUAGGAUUUUUUUUAAAGCCUUACAACUCUCGUUUAACAUCAUCGCUAAUUUUAUGUUCUGCUUAAACAAAUAACUAUACAAAAAAAAAAACCACAACAACACAUACACACAAACACACACACUCGCACUCGUAUAAGCACCAGCUCAAUUGGCAUUCUUCAAAUUGUUUGUGACCAUUUCAAAUCUGUUUUUGUUAAAACGAAAUUUAAAACUUUUGUUGCCCAAGCUCAGCUUAAAACACUAAAGAGAGAGAACCGAACAAAAACAACUAAAAACAAAAAAAAAA